AGUUGAACGCUGCACCAGCAAGUACAACGCAUCUUUCCUUUCUGGUGUGCGUGUACGUGUACGUGUACGUGUACGUGUGUGUGUGUCUGUGUUACUGUGUGGAAGUGACCGGCAAUCAGCGUACAUCUCCGCCUCUGGCCGAUUCUAGUGGAGCUCACGGGAUCCUCUUCUCCUCCUCUUGCUCCCACACACGCCAAAAACCCCGUAGGGGAUUUCGGCUACCGUCACUGCUGCUGGAACGAUUGAACUACACUUCUUGACUUCAAUAGUGGUUUUUAUUUUGUACUGCCUUUUUUAGAAACAUAUCUAUAUCUAUAUAUACAUCUGCAACAGCAUCGCGUGUGACCUCUUAAACAACAAAAAAAUAUAGAGAGGAAUCCCACAUCUACACACACACACAGCGAUCUUGAGCUGGUGCAUCUCAUCAUCCCUCCUCUCUUCUCUUCUUUGCUUUGCCAGAGUUUACCGUUGACCUGCGCUCACUCCGCCGGUAGCGGACUCACCAGCGUAUUCUCCAUCUUAUAGAGAUUGCUUCGGAAGUUGUGUGCUUGUUCUUUUCCGUUUUUCUUCUUUUGCUGUAUUAUCAGUAUUGCAAUUGAGGUUGUGUAUUUCAGCCAUAGAAAGCGUGGCGUUCUUGUGCGUGUGUGUUUUUGUGUCAGUUGGUGGUGACGCGUACGCUUCCGUUCCUCUACAUACAUUAUUUUCUGCCUCCCUGUCGAAUCCGCUGAUACGGGAAGCCCUGCCUGUUUCCUUUUCUUAUUAUUAUCAUUCCUCCAUCAUACCUGUGCGUCGUCGGGGUGGUGGUGGCCGUGGUGGAGGUUUCGUGCGUCACGCCUUCCUUCGUUGUUUUGCCUGUGAGCAGAGAGACGACAACACGUGCGCCUCCCAGCAGCACACAACAAAGCUGUCAACGCUACAUAUAGAUACAGGGGAUUCCGUGCUACGUGGAUCUACUCGCGGUAUACCCCCUGACAAAGAAGAAGAAUAAACAAACAAAAAAAACUGAAACGAUGCUAGAGCAGUCGAUCAUGAGUCGGUCCCCAAGUGGGCAGUGGUACCCCCAGCAGCAACAGCUCCCAUACGCAUCUCCGCAGGCCUACGGCAACGUGGCCGGGCACCCUCCAGGGGCCUCGCAAUGGAGUCCGAUGUCCGGCAACGCGGCGUCGACGAUGUCGCCUGGCGGCGCAAACGCCACCCUCGGCAACUCUGGCCUCUUCAACAGCACCAGCGGCAACUUCUGGAGCGCCAAUCCAGGGGCAGUGCAAGGAGGCGGUGUCGGCGCCAGUGUGCAAGCAGAUGGCUCUCGCUGCAACUCGAGCGCCCCUGCGGCGGCUGCGCUAACGCCACAGCAGCUUAUGAUGCAGCAGCGGAUGAUGCCGGGUCAGGAUCAGUGCUGUGCGACGUGCUGCGGGCCUACGAGUGGUUGCUGCGGGCCUACGAGUGGUUGCUGCGGGCCUACCGGAGGAUGUUGUGGACCUACCGGGGGCUGCUGCCCGGUGCCGGGGGAGCCGGUGGAUCCGUUCUGCUGUGCGGCGCCGAUGCUGGGGCAAGAGGCCCCGUGCUACGUGACCAUCUACAACUGCUUCGACUGGACCUUCCUGCUCGCGUGCCUGCUCUUUAUCGCGACCGUCGUCGGCUUCGCGGUGGUGGUCGCUACGAAGCAGCGCGAUGACAUUUUUAAGAAGUUUGAUGCGCGCAAUACGACGGAGCUGGACGCGGCAAUGAAGCCGUACAUCAUCUGGAUGAACGGGAACUCAACGAACCACACGGACAGCGGUAGCAGCAGCAGCGUGGACAGCAGCAGAAGCAGCAGAAGCAGCGGCAGCAGCGGCAGCACGACCAUCACUACUACCGUCAAGCCCCCCGCUCUCGUGGUCAUGGACCAGCUGGCGCCCGUCGUGCAGAGCGUGACGUCGGCGGUGGCUGAUGCGGUGCUGAUGGCGGCGGCGCGCGACAGCACCGCGCACAACUGCACCCAGCGCAAACUGCUCGGCAGCUUUGGCGUGCUCUGCAUGGAGGACAGUAUGUACGCCAACACCUUCGCCGUGCAGCUCAGCUCGUGGACGAACGCGCGGGAUACGUUGUGGUUCCUCGCGAUGGUGUACAGCGGCUUUACCUUGCUGUAUGCGUUGCUGAUCAACGCGCAGCGUCACCCUUCGGGGGGCGUAGGGAUGGCAGGCGCCAACGCGCUACCCACCAUCUCGCCACAGGAGCAAGAAGAGUUCAUGAAGAUGACACCGCAGCAGCAGCAGGCGUUUAUGAUGGAGUAUCAACAGCGGGUGGCGUCGGUGCAGCAGCAAAACCCUCAGGUCGGCUUCACGCAACCGCCCGGCUCCGGCUGCUGUGGCUCCGACAGCGGCGUCGAGUUCUACGACACCCCGUUUUACGAGUUUGUCCGCCUCGCGUGGUUCGUCUCGGGUCUGACGGCGUUUGUGUGGACGUGUAACCUCUUUAUCUCCUUCUGGGCCUUUUCUAACUUCUACAUCCAGAACACUUCGGGGCCGCUGCGCGUCUUCUGGAGCGACUACACGCGCAAGAUGAAUGGUUCGCUUGUCAUGGUCACCGUCUUCCUCGCCUGGCCGCUGUGCAGCUUCGCGCUGGACCUGGUGUUGUGGCUGAUCGGUGUGCUUCCGUGGCUCGUGAUCCGCAGCACCUGCAAGCGUGGCGUUGAGAUGUACCGUCCCGCGCUGCCCCUCUCGCAGCUACCCAUGUACAUCCGUGCGGAUAUGUUCUUCCUGGACUUCCAAGACGUGAAGAGGCUUGGCUUCUCGCGGCAGGCGUGGAUGAUGCUGACGGGCUCUGACAGGCCUUUCAUGGACUGCUGCGAGGACCCGACGGUGGACAAGGACCCCGCCAUGACGCAGCUCAUGCAGAUGCGCCUGCAAUGGCAGCAAUCGAUGAUGUCCAUGAUACCACCUUGGAUGCAGCAAGCCGGGAUGGGUGCUGGUACCCCCAUGAACUACCAACAACAGCAGCAGCAGAUGAUGGCGAUGAUGGGCGCCGCCGGUGGGGGUGCCGAGUCAGCGCGGUCACACAGCGGCACCCCGGCGACCGUUGCCACCAACGGUGCGCUGCUGAUACCGGCCAACUCCUCUUCGGCUUCCCCGGCCGAGUACCCGGUCGAGGAGGCCGAGAUGAAGACGCACCGCCGACGUCGACGCAGCACGCGCGACAACCUCCGCCAUCGCGAUCCGGCCUCGGCGAACGUGGGCGCCGGUGCGACUCCGAACAGCAACGGGCAGGGGAUGGAGCAGACCUCGCUUGGGAUGCCUGCUGCAAAUAACGGCGGUGCAGCGGCGAACUCCUCGCGACACCGUCGGCGUCACCGCAGUAAGAGCCGCAGCCGCAGCAAGGCCGCCUUCGAAAGCGGGGCAGCGACACCGGUGCCGCCCGGAUCAGACGCUGCGGUGGCGGCCUCUGCGGGAGGUAACUCGCCCGGCGCAACCCUGCGACACCGACGGCGGCACAGCCAUAGCAAAGAAGCUGGUGCGGCGCGGGGGGCCUCGCCGAUGCCGCCGGUGCCGCCGCCCAUCCCGGCGCCGCCGGCAGACGAGGGGGAGAGCGGCGGCGGCCACCACCGGCGACACAGCCGCAGCCGCAGCCGCUCGAACGCAGCAGGUGCCGGAGAGGCGGCGGCAGCGGCUGCGGGUGGUGGUGGUGGUGCGGACACGCAACACCGUCAUCGCCGCCAUAGCCACAGUCGCAGUCGUGAGAAGCAGUCCGGCAAGGCGGCGGCGGCGAAGGAUUUAGACGCGCUUCUGCAGCUGUAA